AUGGCGCGGCCCGUCGUCGAAUAUGAGGCGGCAGUGCCGCCGCGCUCCGCCUGUGUCUACACCAGCUGUUACUGCGAAGAAAACGUUUGGAAACUUUGUGACUACAUCAGGAGUCAGAAUCGAUACCGUUUGGAAGAAUUUUACGCUGUUUUCAUAUCGAAUAAUAGAAGGAUGAUUCCGCUCUGGAAGCAGAAGUCAGGAUGUGGAGAUGAGCCUGUUUUCUGGGACUACCACGUUAUUCUGCUUCAUGCUUCCGGUGAGCAAAACUUUAUUUAUGAUCUUGACACAGUGUUGCCAUUUCCAUGUCCUUUUGAUGUGUACAGUGUGGAGGCCUUUAGGUUGGAUGACAGCCUUCAUCCAGAAUUACACAGGAAAAUCAGAAUGAUUCCAGCAGAUUUGUACUUGAAGACAUUUGCUUCAGACAGAUCUCACAUGAAAGAUGCAUAUGGGAAAUGGCAGAAACCUCCUCCGUCAUACCCUUGCAUUGAAACUGCAGAUUCCAAGAUGAACUUGGAUGAUUUCAUCAGUAUGAAUCCCAGCGUGGGGUGGGGCUCAGUGUUAACCCUUUGUGACUUUGUGCAUCGAUUUGGUGGACAAACUAAAGACAGCUUGUCCUUGGAAGGACAGUGACCUGAACAAAGAAGUUCUCCCUGCUUCUGUUCUGAGUGUCUGUGUUUUGUUUUGCUGCUUUUUACACUUCU